AGUUUUAGAACUCGCGGCUCGCGCGCUGCUUUCGCCGGCAUAGGAUGUCGCCGAAGUCCUCUGCAGAAACUUUAAUCUGCUGGUGCAAUCGAAAUCGCUGAAUUUUUGGGUUUCUAAUAUAGAGCCUCCGAGAUGAAUCCGGGGAAUUUUCAGGCUCCAAAUCCACAGUUCCAGUGGGCUCCGAUGCUACCUCCGGAUCCGCCUCGCUGUGGUGUGUUUUGGAAUAAAAAUAACAUAAUCGACCAGAUUAAACAACUCCAAGAUACGCUUAACCUGGCAAAAUCAGUGGAGAAGGAACUGGAUGCAUUGAGGAUGAUCAAAGAAGGCAAAGGUUCAAUGGAAAUUGUGGAACAAGGGACAGGAGUAGAGUAUUUGAGAUAUAUAGAAGGUAUGAGGAUGGAAUUGGGAGAGCAGGAGACACUUUCAGUGGAAGCUGCUAACACCUUGAUCUCUACCUUAAGAGCACAGCUUGAGCCUUUUAGGUUUGUUAUUGACGAGAAUUGUCCAUGGGAGGAGAAAUCUGCAGCAGUUAGAUUGACUUGCAAAAUGAAGAAAUCGAAAAGGAACAAACUGUGGAGGAAACGAAAGAGACAAUGUGCUGCAGAAAUGCGAGCUAAGGAACCUGAAAGAUUUGAACAAGCUGAUCGAGAGGCCGACGAAUGGAGAGAAAAGGAAAUGGCCAAGGACAUGGCAAACAUAAAGGUCGACGAGAUGAAGGCAAUUGAGAAGGUUAAGGUAAAACGAGAGCGAAAGAGAUUAGAACCCGAGCUUGAACUAGCUCUAAUUGUUGAGGAAAUGCAAGAGUUACGUUCCUUAAGAAUCGAAAAACUGAAGAAGCAAGGGCAUUUUCUUCCGGAAGAAGAUGACAAGUUCUUCGAGAGUGUUCGUGCUGCGGUGGAGCAAGAGGAAACCCAAGCUAAGUCCCUAACAAACACAGAGACCAAAGAGAAUGUCAUUGCCUCCGAGGAGGACACUCCUCUCGCCACCAGUAACAAAAUCGACAAAGACAUAGAUAAAGAAAGCGGUAUGGUUGCAGCAUCUUGUGAAAAGUCAAUGGAAGCUCCUGACAGUGGUGGCGACAAUGUGUCGAAUUUACCAGUGGAGAUGUAUCACUACUACUACGGAAGCAAUUUCGACAUGAGUAGACUUAUUGAGAUCAGACGAGAAUGGGAUGCAUAUCUGAGUCCCGUAGGAAGCCGGAUUCCUAGAAAUUGGGUGCAGCCAUCGCCACCAGCUAAUGAGAUUUGGGCUUCAUGUCUUGUUAAAACUCCCAAGAAAGACCUUAAUUAAGCUCCAAAUAAUAUUGUUGACGAGACAAUGUAGAUCCAAUUCUGCAAUAUAUUCUUCAUGUAUUUUGGCAGAAAUCUGAAACAUAUUCGAUAUAUAGGAAACAUCGGUUCUGUCUAUUUCCAUUCUU